CUACCUUAGUCUGGGCGCGAGAGCGGGAGCGUGGGCGCCUGGGAGCGACCUCGCUCAGCGGCGGUAGAUUAGUCUGGCCUCGGAAAGAUGGCGUCCUCGGAGCAGGCAGAGCAGCCGAGCCAGCCAAGCUCUACUCCAGGAAGUGAAAAUGUGGUGCCUCGAGAGCCGCUGAUUGCCACAGCAGUGAAGUUUCUACAGAAUUCCCGGGUCCGCCAGAGCCCACUUGCAACGAGGAGAGCAUUCCUUAAGAAGAAAGGCCUGACAGAUGAAGAGAUUGAUUUGGCUUUCCAGCAGUCGGGCACUGCUGCGGACGAGCCUUCGUCCCUGGGCCCAGCCACACAGGUGGUUCCUGUCCAGCCCCCUCACCUCACUUCUCAGCCAUACAGCCCCGUGGGCUCCCGAUGGCGAGACUAUGGCGCCUUGGCCAUCAUCAUGGCAGGAAUUGCAUUUGGCUUUCACCAGCUUUACAAGAAGUACCUGCUCCCCCUCAUCCUGGGAGGCCGAGAGGACAGGAAGCAGCUGGAGAGGAUGGAGGCAAGCCUCUCGGAGCUGAGUGGCAGCGUGGCCCAGACAGUGACUCAGUUACAGACAACCCUGGCCUCCGUCCAGGAGCUGCUGAUCCAGCAGCAGCAGAAGGUCCAGGAGCUUGCCCACGAACUGGCCACCGCCAAGGCCACCACCUCCACCAACUGGAUCCUGGAGUCCCAGAAUAUCAACGAGCUCAAGUCGGAAAUUAACUCCUUGAAAGGGCUUCUUUUAAAUCGGAGGCAAUUCCCGCCAUCCCCGUCAGCUCCAAAGAUCCCCUCCUGGCAGAUCCCCGUCAAGUCGCCGUCCCCCUCCAGCCCCGCAGCCGUGAACCAUCACAGCAGCAGCGACAUCUCACCAGUCAGCAACGAGUCCACAUCGUCCUCACCUGGGAAGGAGAGCCACAGCCCCGAGGGCUCCACGGCCACAUACCACCUGCUGGGCCCCCAGGAGGAAGGCGAGGGCGUGGUGGACGUCAAGGGCCAGGUGAGGAUGGAGGUGCAGGGCGAGGAGGAGAAGAGGGAGGACAAGGAGGACGAGGACGAGGAGGAUGACGACGUGAGCCACGUGGACGAGGAGGACUGCCUGGGUGUGCAGAGGGAGGACCGGCGGGGCGGGGAUGGGCAAAUCAACGAGCAGGUGGAGAAGCUGCGACGACCCGAGGGCGCCAGCAAUGAGAAUGAGCGGGACUAGGCCCGCCACCAGCCCGGGAUGCCAUCCAGCCUGUGGUCCUGUGGCUGUGGCCUUGCCAUCUCCUCUGGCUCUGGGAGGGCGGCCUUGAGCCCAGGCCGAGGACAGAACUCUCAGCUGUGCUGUGGCCCCAGUGGCACUGUGGGGGUCGCGUUUCUGUCACCUAGCCCCCCCCUCACCUGGACACCAGCCCCUACCCCACCUGUAAGUCCUCAGCUCACCCCAGGCCAUGGGGCCCUUGGCCUCGUUCUCAGGCCGCGGGCGCCGAAGCCCUGGGCUCAGCCCUCGCCCAGCACCAUCUCCCGGGCGGCCGUCCUGUCCAGGGUGUGUUUGCUGAGUGUCCUGACUAACGUGACGCCAUGCAUGGCUAGAGCUAGUGCCGUCCCGCCUCCCACCUUCUGGGUGCAGGGGGAGCUACUGCCCGCCCCCUCCCUGGGGCUGGGCCCUGUCCCCAUAGCCAGGGGCUCCUGGCCUAUGCCGCCCUCGGGCGCCCGUCCCCAGCCUCAAGCACCUGUGUGCCGUUGUCCUCCAGACAAAUAAAGUCACUGCGCUUCUGACCAUC